GUGCAAAGAUAACGGGUGGUUUUUUUACUUGCGAGACAAAAGCGAAGAGUAUUCUAUUACUUGCGAGAGGAGAUUGGAUGAAGAGUAUUCUUCCUCCAAACUUGAUUUAACCAGUAUAUUCAUUGAAAUCAUGGUGAUGUGUUGUCUUUCGUGGGACAGCUUUCGAGAGUUUUGUUGCAAAGAUUGAGGCGAAUGUUACACCCGUGCCAGGAGCAGCGAAUCAAUUUCUUGCCGCAUGUCCCAUCCUCUUGCUGUCAGCGUCACGGUUAGCAGCAGGAAGAUCCUUGCAACGUUACCUUUGAGGUUUAGAAACUUGAAUCUGUGGCAGAAAGCUUGUAGUAUUCUUUGCCAGCGCCAUUCGCGAGAUGAUUCUUUUCUUUCUCUGAUAAAGAGAUUCCCCGAGCCUUGUGUUUCUUCUGCGUCUGUCAAUAAAGAAAAGGAGAAAUCGAGUACUCCAUCAAAGUGGAAAAGUCACACAAAGUCGAAUCACCUUGUCAAUCUCCAACAAGUCUCUCGAGAAGGCUUAUACACUCAGACGAAGAGCACGACAGUCGAUCGAUCCAAAGAUGUGCACCUGGAACGCAGUCCACUACAGCUGUGGCCACGACUCGAAAAAGCUAGAUCAUGCUUGCAGAUGGGCUGCCUAUGCCGAAUGCAAGAUGGUUCGACGUAUUGGAAAACAUCUCCGGAUGAGAAAGAGUUGUCCUAAUUGCUCCGGAAGAGUGGCGGCUUGGUGUCGUCAGUGUUGAGAGGUAUGUUCGAGAUUGCUCUGACUGAUGCGACUUGAAUGUGCGCUGACUUUUGUUGCAAAGGAUAGAUGUGGCUCCCUGAUCCGUGUCUGGAUUUCUUGUCGAGGUUUGGAUAGCUUUUUGUGUUCUGGUUUGAGGUCUUCCCAUUCUGGUCGACAUUCC